AUGACUUCCAACGGACUAAGCCACAAAGGUCCAGAGAUGAAGAAGAAUGCCGAUGGCUCUGCUCGCUUCGACCCGACUUUUACACAAAGCGUCAUCGAAGCCAUGGGUCCCAAGACUUCGCCUCGAAUGAGAGAAGUGAUGUCUUCUUUGGUUCCACAUCUGCACGAUUUCGCUCGUGAGGUCGAGUUGACCGUCGAUGAGUGGAUGGCAGGUGUCAAUCUGCUGAACUGGGCCGGACAGAUGAGCAACGACAGGAGAAACGAAGGCCAGCUCGUCUGUGACGUGGUCGGUCUUGAGUCCCUGGUUGACGAAAUCACAUACAAGAAAGCGUCGGAAGCCGCAGAUACUGCGACCCAGAGUGCUAUCCUUGGCCCAUUCCUUAGAACAGACCAUCCAGUGCGAUCGAAGGGCGCGAACAUCCAUAUCACCAAAGGCGAGGGUGCCGAGCAACUGUACUUCUUCGGCCAGGUGGUUGACGCCAAGUCUGGGCAGCCUUUGGCGAAUGCAUCUGUGGAUGUGUGGAUGGCGUCUACCAAUGGAUUGUACGAGCAACAAGAUGACAAACAGAUCGAGCAUAAUCUUCGUGGCAAGUUCAUGACGGAUGCCAACGGCGAGUAUGCAUUUUACUGCAUCAGGCCGACGCCAUAUCCGGUGCCUUUCGACGGUCCUGCGGGCAAAUAG